UCUCGGGCUGUCCAACUUCUCGCCUGAAUAAAAACACAGGAGCGACGCAACCUCCAGCGGAGCAGUGUUUGUGGCGAUAAAAACCGAUCGCAACCUUCCUCUGCAGCGCACCUCCUCUUCUUUUAGCAUUUCCAGUCAGGCCGUGUGCCGGACCUUGACGCGCCAGCAUGGACCCACGAAAAGUGACGGAGCUGAAGGGCUUCGUGCAGCUGUGCGAGUCCAACCCAGGGAUCCUGCACCUUCCAGAGAUGGGCUUCUUCCGCACCUGGCUGCAUAGUAUGGGCGCUAACAUCCCUCCUCCGACCAAGAAACAGGAUUCGUGCCAGGGUGGCUGUCCAUGUGGUCCUUCCCCUUCGGCGGCGCCGCCUCCAGAGCCCGAGCCUGAGGUUCCCGUGGACCCUGAGAGCGAGGAGAGUGAAAUAGAAAUCGACAACGAGGGAGUGAUUGAGCCAGACACAGAUGAGCCGCAGGACAUGGGAGAGUUUGAAAGUGCUGAGAUUACAGAGGAGAUGAUGGACCAAGCCAACGAGAAGAAGAUUGAGGCAAUCAACGCUCUUGGAGAAGGCGACCUUCAGAAAGCUUUGGAUCUUUUCACAGAAGCCAUCAAGCUGAACCCUCGUUUGGCCAUUCUUUACGCCAAGAGGGCGAGUGUUUACAUUAAAAUGCAGAAACCCAACGCAGCCAUCAGAGACUGCAACAGAGCCAUCAGCAUCAACCCAGACUCUGCACAGCCCUACAAGUGGAGAGGCAAAGCUCACAGGCUGCUUGGUCACUGGGAGGAGGCAGCCAAAGACCUGGCCAUAGCCUGCAAACUGGACUACGACGAGGACGCCAGUGCUCUGCUGAAGGAAGUCCAGCCCAAGGCCAACAAAAUCCUGGAGCACAGACGCAAAUACGAGCGGAAGAGGGAGGAGAAGGAGAUCAAGGAGAAACAAGAGCGCAUAAAGAAAGCCAGAGAGGAGCAUGCACGAGCACAGAGGGAAGAGGAAGCGCGACAGUUUGGAGGAGGGUUCUUCCCAGGACCGUCUGGAUUCCCGGGUGGAGCCCCUGCCGGUAUGCCCGGUCUUGGUGAGCUCUUCACAGAUCCUGAGCUGCUCAACGCCAUGAAGGACCCUGAGGUCAUGGCUGCAUUCCAGGAUGUGGCGCAGAAUCCGGCCAACAUCUCCAAGUAUCAAAGCAACCCCAAAAUCAUGGCGCUGGUCACCAAGCUGAGUGCUAAGUUCGGAGCCUCCCCGCAGCCAUAGGCGGGAAAGAGACCAGAACCGAGUGGUGAAACGAUGCAGAGAGCGCCGCUUUUCAACAAUUAUUCACUGUGUUUAGUUCAGAGCGGGGAGCCAACGUUGUGUCACCCGGUGAAGUGUUACAAACCAUUGAGCCACUCUUUACAAUGUUCUCAAUCAGCCUGUUAGCACUUAACGAGACCUGAACAAGCCGACGGGUCGGACUCUUCAGUAACCUCGCCGACGCGUCUCAGUCGGGACUUUUCUUAACCUAUCUGGAACAAACCCUCCGCGUUACGACUCUAGCAUUUCUACAUUUAAUACACUGUAAAGUUUUCCCUCCGAACACAGCCGGAAACCCGCAGGCAUUGGCGUGUUUUGUUAUCAGAUCUGCUAACGAUGCUAAAGAAAGUACUAAUGUUGUCUGACCUUGUUGGAGAAAAAUAAAAACCUCUUGAUGCAAAAA